UGUUUCUAAAAAAGGGGUUUGCAGGCACACUCCAUUUUCUUUAAACAACAGCCUGUCACUGGAGCCCAAACAAGAAAAUAGCUUUUGGUUUACACAUUUUCGCGUUUUUUAUAAAUAUAUAUUUUUUCGCAUUUCCAAUUUGGAAAACACAUUUUUGCACCUUUUGUUAUUAAUUUUCCCUUGUUUUUCACUUUUCACUUUUAUUUGUUUGGCCUACAGGGUGAAUUCCCCUUCCCUCCCCACAAACACACUCCAGGGAAGCAGUAGAGUACUGAAUUCGACUAUAACCAGCACAAAUACACAAUCUGAAACCACAAAUGACUUCAGACGGAGCUGCCGAGCACAGCAGAAAGACCAGCCAGCCCAGCAUCAUAGACAGCAGUGGGAACAGCGUAGACAGCGGGGUCGACAGGAUCAACGGCUUUAUUAGUUCUAUGAAACUCGAGCGCAGCAACACAAAGGCCGGGCUAAUAGGCUCGCUCAUGCGACGGAAGACUUUGAUGAAGCAGGCUGAGGACCCCGAGGUGGACCAAGAGGCGUUGGAGCAGGAGAUUCGGCACGUGGAGAGGCUUGCAUCGUUGCUUGGCCGGCGGCAGACGCGUUUUAGCCACAAGCGCGAGCCAAUAAAGGUCAACCACGACUUGGAUGCGACGCUGGAUGGAUUUUUCGAUGUGCAGGACGAAGACCGCCUGGGCGACCUGCUACUCACUGGGGGCCACAAGCAGACCGCAGACGCCCAGCUUGCCGAUGAUUCUGGCGAGAGUGUUGCUGACCCGGAGCUCAAGCAGAAGAAUAUUAACACUGCGCCCACGGCGCUCAUUGCUAGCCAGCAGGAAGGGCAGUACAGCCUUGCAGAGGAUCCCUUUGACAAAAUUGAACAGAUGCAGUUGGAAAAGUCGCUGUCUGAAAGCGUCGAGUACCUUUCGAUGGACACGUAUGCGAGCGACGACGACGACGACGACACCGAGAUGAGCAGUGAUGCGGUAGCCGGUGGCAAAGUAGGAAACCGGGUUGUGGCGGGCAAAUUGGCCGGUGGCGUCGACCAAAUUCUGGACACGGACAUGUUUGCCGAGGACGACGGCUUGGUAGCUGGAAUGGGCCGAAGCAACACGUGGAAGAGGCAGAGUAUGGUGCUAAUCCAGGAGCGGGAAAAGUACGGGCCUGUGCUUCCGCGUAUCAUUGAUGAAGAGGACGAGUCAGAUAGCGAGUUGAGCGUCUCUGGUAUGUCGGCGUCCCUGAGCGAAAGCGAUGUUAACAAUUCUUGCGAUGAGGACAUGGCCACUAUCCCGAGCGAGAUGAUUGCAGAGCAACCGGAAGUUCCAAUGAUUCCAACAGUCCCAACAGUCCCAACAGUCCCAACAGUCCCGAUAGUCCCGAGAGCCCCGACACUCCCUACCAUCCCGGCUAUUCCGGUGAGCAAGGAUUUGAUAUUGCCUGUCAGCGCUGACACUACCAACGUCGAUAUGCUCAGCGACUACUUGGACAUACUUGACCUUAUCGACGGCAAGGGCGAGGUUGCGGAAGAGCUAGUCAAAAUCAACGUGUACAACAUGCAUAUCAGUUCUGACGACGACGGACAUGUCAGCAGCGACCUGAACCGCGGCAGCGAAUCUAGCGAAAUCGAACUGAGCGAUGCCAGCAGCAAGAGCGAGAGCGAAAGUGAAAGUGACAGCGAUAGCGAUAACAAAUACUUGUCCAAACUGCGCCCUCAGCACGCGUUAGCAGUGGUGAAUGUGGUUGACUUGGCUGCACCUCGUGCAACUACCAUUGUUAAACGGGCAGGCAGCCGUCUGGCUGCAGCUACAAUAGCGGAUUCCAGCCUGUCCGGCAGUGAAAGCGCCGGGUCGAGGCCAUGCACACCUGUCAGGGUGGGAGGCCGAGUCAUGGAGCUGCAGACCGGCGCUAUUAGACGCUCGCCGAUGCGAAGGAGUCGGCGCAUACUGAGCAAGGGAUAUUCAUUGCGCAAUGUUGACACAGGCCCAAAGUGGACUGCGGGGGCGCCGGCACUUGUUGCGAGGAAUUCAGAGGGUGCGAGCGUGCGUUGUAGCGAUGUUGGUGCUGAAGUAGGGGCAGCGGCUUUGACUGAGACUGUGACGCUUAAGAAGACGCCGACCGAGAUUGCACCGCCCGAGAUUGCACCGGUCGAGACGAAGCCAGCCAAGGCAGAGGCAGCCGAGUCAGAGCCAGUAGUGCCUGCGCUGCUGCCCAGCGUUCAGCUGCUGAAGGCAAAUGCUCUAAGGGUUUCUGUUACUGCUCCCUGCGCUGAUCUCAAGCGUGGCAGCUUUGCGAGCGACGAUGUCGGCAGCACAGAGUCGGGGCGCGCUGGUUCAUUGCAUUCCAAUGUCAACCCAAGUCUAUCGGUUCCGGUUGCAACUGCGCCUGCAGUGCCUCCUGCUGCGAGCAACCGUGCGGUAAUUCCAGGGCUGGCCAAGUUGGCCGCCGACGCGACCGUUGCCGCUGUACUUGCCGCUGGCGCGCAGUCCCCUUGGAUGUCAUCAGUGCAAGCAGGCAGUUCCGCACGCCACAAUGCGGCGCUGCUGGUUCCUGACCGCAUUGCGCGCACCAUGGAGGUCGCCGACGCACACGCCAGAGAUGCGGCCAAGGAAAUAGCAGGAGCAGCAGCAGCUCAAACCGCAGAGGGCGCUGCCACUGGCCGAUCGCACGCACCGCCGUUGCCGAAAAAGGAGCGGCCGAAGUUUCCCAGGGCGCUGGCUCAGGGCGGACUCGGCUCGCGUGCAGCCGUCGCAGUUGCUCUGGAGCUGCCAUCCUCGCGCACGCUGUUCAACUCGACAGGGCGCGCAACAUCGCUCUACAGCACCAGCCGCUCAAACAUGCACCACUUGCACUUGCAGGGUGUUCCAUCGGCAAACCGGUCGUCGAUGACGCUGCCACGCAGCCGCGCGGCCACCGCUAGAGGGUCAACGGCGGUUGCUGGCGCAGCGAGCCUCGAGGAGUGGCUGAGGCAGACAGACAUGCAGCUUCCGUCCAACAACCAUGUCGACAAGCCGCUGCCAUUCCCGCCAGGCGACGCGAGCAAAUCUACAACCUUUAACAGCUACCACUACGUGCCAGCCGAGCCGUCUGCGCCCGGACUUGACUCGGUCGAGCAGGGCAGUGGAGAGCUUGGCGCUUCCUCGAUAAAAUCCGGUAUUUCCCCCGGCCAACCACCGGCAGCAGCGGCAAAUUCAAAGGUAGAGUGCAACAGCAGCAAAAGAGCCAGCAUCACGUCGAGUGUCUCCAUUCCCGUUUCCACGCGAAGCUCCAUCGGCCCGCACGCAGAGCACAGCCAAGAGGCACUUUCGAACACGGCCUGCGUACAGGCAUCAGCGACGCCCAGCAGUUUCAAGAAUCUCUUUGUUGAGGAUCCUCAGAUGAACGCACUGCCUUACCCGCACGCAGGCGCUGGUGGUGCCGCAUACGGAGCGUAUACAGGCAUGGGCUCGCUGUCGGGUCCAAACGUGCUUUCAGCGCCGCCCGAUACCAACGACGAGAAUGGCGGCGGCCAUGGCGCGCCCGGCGACGGGUUUGCUGAGCCAUCGGCGCCGGUGUUUCCGGAGCCCACAGCGCCAGAGCUGCCGAUUCUCUGGGGCCAGCCCAGCCCCGGGGCCCAGGCAUGCGCGUUCCCAAUGCCCACGCACUACGGGUUGCCUCUGUCGCCAGCGCCAGCAUAUACACAGCUGGGGUUCACCAUGCCGCCGCCGCAGUCGAUUCAGCAGCAGCAGCAGCAGCCGAUGAUGCUUCAGCAGCAGAUGUAUCAGAACCAGCUGUCCCAGCAGAUGUAUGUGCAACAGUGCCUUUACGGCAAUGGCCCAGAGCCGUCGCCUCCGACUUACAUGCCGCCGCCUGUCAUGCCGCCGACUGUGGACCGCCCGCUGCCGCCCAUACCGAAGCGGCCCCGUCCAGUGUCUGUGCCGCUGUCGCCACCGCCACCGCCGCCUCCCAAGAACUGGCCGGAUGCAUCAACAAUGCACACCAUGGGUCAAUUGUAUGCACAGGCGCCUGCAUACGGCCACAGCCAGGGUGCAUACAGCAGUAGCACCGCAGCCAUCAGCGCCGAAGCGGCGGCCAGUGGCGCCCUUAGCACCAUCAAGUCGUCCACGUCGUCCGAGUUUGUUAUCAGUAUCGACGAUAUGUUUCCGGAGGAUUGCGUUGGCCGCCCAUUCUACUCCAAGCAUUCUUCUUUCCCGCCCUCUGAGAAGACGGGCCUAAAGGCAGGGAACGGCAGCGCCAGCAGCCGUCUUUGGGCAAACAACCCCAAAUCCGGACCUGUGCCUCACCCUGGCAAAUCCACAAGCAACGCCAACGCAAACACAUCCAAAUCAAUGUCGUUUCUGUCAAAACGCAAAACGUCUCGGUCAUCAUCCGUAUCAUCGACCGCAUCAUCAACAUCGCAAACGACGCCACCAUCAAAUCAAAACCAAACCAAUUAUUUACCAACCAAACUUUCUCCACAAACCACUGCCUUGUAUGACUAUCCGAUUCCACCCCGCACGCGGUCGCUGAUUACGCAUUUGCGCCAUUCUAAAAACCUCAAUUCUAACUCUGCUUCCACUGCUCAUUUUAUUGCCAACAUUCAGGUCGAGGAGCACGUUGAGACGCGGCCGAGCGACAUUCACAGCGAGCACCAGCAGCCCACCCCCACAGAAUCUGCGGGCGCUCCUCCCCGCUACAAAUUGGCAAACAGGCCGACGAGGAUCAGCAGCCUGAUGGGCAAGCAUCCGCCGCCACCAAUUUCUGUAGCACGGACUGGACUUAAUAUCGACACGCUUGCCUCGGCCCUGCCCAGUGCCCUGCCCAGUGCCGCACUCAACACCGCAAAAACCGAAUGCACACCGACCAUCAACAUGGCAGAAAAGUCCGGAUGGCACACAGACGAGGACAAUUCGCCCGCGAUUGCCGAUGCCAUGCGCAUGAUUGCAGAAAAAGAGCGCCGGCGCGAGGUCAAUCGCAAGGCUGCGCUGUUCGAGCUCAUUGAAACCGAGCGGUCUUUCACCAAGGACCUGCGCAUGAUUGUCGAGCUGUUUCUGCUCCCCAUCCAGCUUCUGGGGAACCGUAAGAUCGUCGAGGUGAUCUUUGGCGACAUGGUCAAGAUCACAGAGAUGAAUGGCAUGAUGUACUCAGAUAUGGUCAUGCGACUAGGCCCCCUGGCCUGCCUCGUCGACCCAGAGCGCGCGAGCCGCAACCGCCGGAAGAGGAAGCCCCCGCUCAAGCAGUCGGGCUCGACAAAUGCGUCGGCACAUACACGAUCGGUGCUGCAGAGCGGGUCGAUGCGUUCUUCGAUAACACCAGUGUCUGUCUCAGCAUCGGCCUCGACGACUAUGUCGCGCCGCCUCAGCAACCCGAUCGAUCGCCAGAGCUUGACGCGCCACUCAUCCGUCAACUCGCACAGCGACGCCGUGUCGGUGGCAGGCGGCUCGUCACUCAGCCGUUCGGGCUCUCAGAACGACGGCCGCUCAUCAAUGGUGUCCAACGGCGAUGAUCAUUCGAUUGUCACCAGCGACGUGGGUGGAGAGAGCGGCGAGAACAGUGAGCCCCGCGGCUUGUCUGCUAUCGGCCUGGGCUCGGCGACUGCGGGCGAGCGGCAUGACAGUAUACGCAGCAUCAACGGCGCAGCCGAGGACGACGACGAGGAUGCGACAAAGUGGACCGACAAGCAGAUUCUCGAGUACUUCAAGAAUGUGUGCAUUGGCGACGUCAUGGCCACCUACCUUAAGGACUUUUCUGAGCACUAUGCGCGGUACUCGGCCAAUCAUGACAAGGCCAUCGAGUACUUGAAGCUUGUGCGCGAGAGCAGCUCGCGGCUGAACCUGCGCAAUGACGCGACCAAGGACGCGCACCAACGGCUGCUGCUGGCGCUCGAGCGUGCAGAGAAGGAUCCGCGCGUGAGGCGGCUGCGCCUAGAGUCUUUUUUGCUAGCGCCGGUGCAGCGUGUUAUGCGCUACCCGCUGCUGCUCGAGGCCCUGCUCAAGUACACGCCCGAGACGCAUCCGGACUAUGAGGACGUUGCCCUGGCGCUGAGCAUCUCCAACAGCGUGGCCUCUGAGGUCGAUCGCAAGUCUGAGGAGAUCAUGAACAGCCACCGCCUGGCCGAGCUGCAGAGCACCUUUGACUGGUCGAAUAUGCUGGGCGUUCAGCUCCAGCUUGAUGCGUACACCAAGCUGGUCGGACAGCGUAAGUUUGUGCGCAAGGGGCCGCUGCGUAAGGCCACAUCUGGAAGGCACCUGUACGCCAUUCUGUUCAACGACUUUAUGAUGAUUACCAUGUCAGAUCGUCGCAACGGCGCGUGGUGCUACGAGGCCUAUCGCCUGCCUAUCCAGACAUACGAUCUUUUGGCACGCGAGCCUGUCAAAGACAUGUUUGAGCUGGUCAACCUCAAGAACUCUGAGGUGCUGCAGCUGCGUGCCGAUUCGCCUUCUGAGGCGGCCGACUGGGUCAAGGACAUAAUGAAGACGGCUAACUAUUGCUACAAUAUUAUGUGCGAUGCCAUUCGCUCGGGGAUCCAGGUCGGCAAGGUCAAGUCGGUGCACUCGGAGGAAGCCAGGCAGCGGAUUUUGGCGGGCGGCAAGCCAACGGCCGUGGUCAAACGUCAUUAA